AUGUCAUCUGGAGCCAGUAGAGGGAGGUCUUCUAGGACAGAAGCUGAGAUGAAUGCACAAAUACCCCAUAUAAGUACUCCGCAUAACUAUACUUCGAGUGUGAAGGCUAGGAAUAAACGGCUAAAGCAGUUCUCCACUAGAUCACGGAGUAGAAGCAAUGCUAAUUUCAAAGGGUUGUUAAAUUUGCAUAGGACUACCAGCCAUGAUGGGACUUUUUAUAGGGCGGAUGGUGACAGUGGUAGUAAUAACAACAAUGUUAAGCGCACAAGGAGUUAUGAUUCAUUAAGCAGGAGAAAGGCGAUAAGUAUAUUAAGCAUGACAGCAUUAACGAGGACUGGGUCGCAUCCCGAUCAGGGGAUAGUCAACUCAGUUUCUGGAAACGGUUCUAAUACACUACGUUCUUUGAGACGGUCGAGGAGUAAAUCUAUUCUCGAUUUAUACGAAGCAGCCGAAAUAUAUGAAAACCACUCCACGCCUGAGGAAGAAGUGGAAUAUUUCAGUGAGGAGAACAAUGAUGAUGAGGAGGCAGAAGAGCAGGGGCAAGAGGGCGGUGAGGAUGAGGAAGAGGAGGAUGGUGAUGUGUAUGGGCAAAUGGGGGAGUCUGCAGUCGGGGAUACUAUGGAAUCGCUUUGUGAUGAUGCUGAGCUGAAGGUAGCUGAAACAGAUUCCAAGCAACCUAAUUCAAUUCCUGGUUCCGAUGAGCCAUCUAGGCCUGACAGUUCACGCACGUUAACCAAAGUCCAAUUAAGUUACAAACCUCCUUCAAAUUUAAGAAAUACAUUGUUGGAUGGAAACGACGAAGAUGAUAGGAUAGAACAUGACAAGACUGUGAACGAUAAUGAUAGAAUUAUACGAGGUGAUGAUGAUCUGCUGGACGCAAAACAUGCCAUAGUAGAGACUGGACAUAGCCUACAAAGACAUGGCCCUACGAUAGUUGGAAAUGGGGAUGUUGAGUUUUGUGAUUCCGAAGAGGAUAAACACAAUACUAAGAAUGAAUCCAUUUUGGAUGAACAAAGUGAACAAUAUGUUCCUGAUAUGAUCCUCUCUCAGUCCACUGGUGUGGAAAGACAUUUUAACCAUACAUUGUCACGCCAAAAUUCACUGGCUAGUCAUGGUGCAAUGAUAGAAAACGGCAUUUACGAGAACCCAAAUUACAACCACAACAGCAAAUUUGAUUAUAUUAACUCAGAUUUAUCUAGUUCAAUUAAAUCGAAUGACAUUAAGGGUGAUGAUAAGCCUGUGAAAAAGUUUUCAACCUCUAUUUCGAGCUUAACAAGUAAUUUACAAGGAAGGCCGCCAACUGCACCAAGAUCUGGUCCCAGGCCUAAUAAUUUGUUAACUCAGAGGCAUACACAAAACGCUUUGCUGAGAAAUCAACAGCCAUCUUUUUUGUUAGAUUCUUACCCAAAUAUAAAUUCACACAGGCAUGGGUCAAAUGUUGGCCCUUUUAACAACUUUUCUCAGUUUCUCCAAUCAGGAGAUCAAGGUACUGAAUCAAGGACUCAACAGAAACUAUGGUUACAAAGAGAAUCCUCAUUUUUGGACCUUUCAGCACAAUCAUCAAGUUCUGAUUCAAUUUUCUUAGCGUCUAAUAUAGAAAUUAGAAGGGAAUUCGAACGGAUUUCUCGCGAAUAUAUGAAUGUAAGGAGAUUUGGUAAUCCUUUAAAUGAUGCAAUGACAAGAGUCAUUACACAGCACAAGAUUGAUGUAAGAAAACAUAACAACAAAAUAUCUCCUCCAGUAUCCGACACUACAAGUGGAUCGCUUUUCGGUAGUUAUCAAAGGAAUAUGAAAACCUUCAACGAGUUACAUCCUGAUGUUUGGAAUCGUGAACUAGAGAUCCAGCAAAUUUUAGCUACAAUAUGGAAUGAAAAUGCUGCUGAAUUUAACAAAGAUACAAACCCACUGAAUGCAAAGUGUCCUUUCUUACAGCAGUCAACGAAUAUUUCUAGUCGUACACGCAAUACAAACACUCCGCAUCAUAAUCAGAGGUUGAUUAAUUCGUUACAACCAACUACCAGGGCAGUUAACAGAAGAAUGGAAGCAGCUAUCAACCAACAGCGGUUAUAA